AUCUCUUUUAAUUUCAGCCACCCUUUUCCCCUCCUCUCUUCCCCUCAGCGCCGAAUCGUUCUUCCUUCCACUCUCGCCGCCGCCGCCGCCGCUGCUGUUCCCGUGGUUGCCACAAGUUGCUGUCGCGCGCCUUGCCAUCGCUAUCCAUCGCUAUUGUUGCUGGUUUUCCUGCUGUCGCGGCUGUGUCGCCAUUGCUGGAGCUGCCACUGCCGUUGCCACUCACCGCCGCCGCCGCCGCUGUUCCCGUGGCUGUCGCCUCAUUAAAACUUGUUGGAAACAUGAAUUGAAAGCCUUUGAUUGCAAUUCUUUUUUGAUCUUUUUUGAAACAUGAGCACGAUAGGAAGUCCAAAGAACAAGGUUCCUGCUGUUGGUACUGCAUCGCUGAACCUUGCUGAAUAUGCUUCUACUGCUGAACAGAAAGAGUUGGAAUUAAGCCUUCCUCUCUCGCUUCCUGCUGGUGCAGCUGAGCCUAAGCCAAUGCUCUGUAUAUCACUUAUCUUGUUGGAAUUGAGGUUUCCAGAAGCCACAAAGCCAUUGCAGAGAGAGAUAGUUCCUGUUUCAUCACCCCCUCAAUCAGGAGAAACUGUUUCAACUGAAAAGGAUGAGCUUUCUGCAAUUAAAGCUGGUCUGAGAAAGUCUCAUAAAGCAGAUGAGGAUUCAAACGCAAAUCGAUCAUCAGUUUCUGAUUUUGGAGAUGACAAUUUUGCUAUAGGUAGUUGGGAGCACAAAGAAAUAAUAAGUCGUGAUGGGCACAUGAAACUUCAAACAGAGGUCUUUUUUGCUUCAAUUGAUCAGCGAAAUGAGCGAGCAGCAGGUGAGAGUGCAUGUACAACACUUGUCGCUGUCAUUGCUGAUUGGUUUCAUAACAAUCAUGGUAUUAUGCCUAUCAAGUCCCAAUUCAAUCACUUUCUGUUGUUCCUGGCAAGUCCUUUAUCGGAUUUUUCCAUCCCGAAGGCAUGGACUAGGGAAGAUUUGACUUUUUGCAUGGUGCCAUGUCCUUUGAUAAUAUUUGGGAUGAGAUUAGUGGCUGUGGAUCGGAUGAGAAAAUAAUGGGUGAUCAGCCUAUUGUGGCGGUUGCUGGGGAACAUAAGAACCAGCAGUCGAACUCAAAGGAGGAAGUCUCUGAAUCAGGGACAGUAGUAAUCAAGCCUGAGGAGCCAGAGGACGAAAAAAGAUCUUCACCGCAUAAUCCAACUGCUGAUUGUACUUCUCUAUCAGAUGCUUCAACAAAUUCAUAGAUCAGUUUUUAGUUUUAUGAACACUGUUAAGUAUAAUUGAUUUAUUUUAAAUUUUAUGACGAUUGUUAAGUAUUAUGAAUUUAUUUUAAAUUUUAU